GUCAACAUUCAUGUGUAAGUGCACUCAACCCCCACACUACCCCUCGUGGGCUGGGGACGAACCUGCGGAGUUCCUAAUGCAGCAGUGCCGAACCAUGGCAUCGAGCAAGGUUGAAUACCUCCACGCUUCUCCUGUUUGCCUGUACUCGAUCCCUCACACUUCACCUCAGAUCUGUCCUGCCAUUGACCGUUCGCCAUGCCUCCCAUCGCGCGCCCUCGCCGCAUCGUCGGUGUCUCCCUCAAGAUGUACUUUGACCUGACUAGCACACUCUCGUACGUCCGCGGAGUCCUCCAGCUGGACGGCGACGCCUGGAAUUCGAACGUCGACCUCUUCGUCAUCCCCGACUUCGUCUCGCUCACCGAGUCCCAACGCAUACUCGAGUCCUCGUCCGUCAUGCUCGGCGCACAGGAUUCACACUGGGAAGACAAGGGAGCCUUCACAGGAGAGGUCAGCCCAGUAGUGCUACGGCAAGCAGGUGCCAAGAUCGUCGAGAUUGGGCAUGCUGAGCGGAGAGCACUGUUCGGCGAGACAGACGAGAGUGUUGCGAAGAAGGCCGGUGCCGCAGCAAGAAAUGGCCUGAUACCUCUGGUCUGCAUUGGAGAGAAGACACAUUACAGCAUAGCUUCAGCAGCUGUGGGUGCGGCGAUACAAGAGUGUAAACCACAAGUCACAUCGGUAUUGGCUGCUGUGUCUGACGACCAAGAGGUCAUCUUGGCGUACGAGCCAGUAUGGGCCAUUGGUGCCAAAGAGCCUGCAGACCCUGACCAUGUUGUCAAUGUCACCAAAGAGCUGCGGAAACUUGCAGCUGGCAGGAGCGGCGUCACAAGGAUCGUAUAUGGCGGCAGCGCAGGGCCAGGCACCUUUGCAAAGAUUGCUGAAGGUGUAGACGGACUGUUCCUUGGGCGGUUUGCUCAUGACAUCCAGAAUCUCAAGAAGGUGAUUGAAGAAGUAGGCGGAGCGUAGAGCAACCGCCUUGCGCACAUGACAUCAGAAUACAUGAUCAUGUCGUCUGGAGAUGAUUCCACAUCAAGAUCGCUCGGUGACCGAGCUGGUGUCAAGUCUGUCAUACAUCACAUGGCGCUGAGACGACGUUGUGGUAGUCAACAGUGAUGACUGAGCAUGUCCCCUGAAUAUAUGUCUCCUUAUAUA